CCCCAUCCCCCAUGUGUCCUAGAUUAUCUUGAAACAAUGCUGACUUCUUGUUACGUUGUUUUUUAUUUGCAAAGACUGUUUUGUUCAGUAGGUAACAGAUUGACUCUUCUCAACUCAGCAGGGACGAAAAUUCCUCCUUAAACCCUCACUCCCAGUAUGCAACUUGUGCUGGCUCAGGCCUUCCUCUGCGCGUCCCCCAGGUCCCCCAAAGCCUGGCUCUGUGCUGUCAGUGAAUUGCUUGGCAUUUCACAGCUGAAGAAACCUUAACAUUACCUGGUAAACCGGCCCGUUUCAUAGAAACGACCAUAAUGUAGAGAGAGGGUUAACUUGUUUAUCCUCAAUGUUCCAGGCAGGACAAAGGCCCCAGCAGGUUUCCUGCCUGCAGACUCUUUUCUUUUUUGACCAGGUGGAAUAGCCUGGACGUUAAGUGCAGGGGAGCCGCUCCGAGCUGGAAUCUCAACUCUUUCGGCUUCUUCCUGUGUGACGCUGUCUAGUUACUUCCCCUCACUGCUAUGAGUUUCCUCCUCCAUGAGCUGAGGAUAAUAAUAGUGCUGGCCUCAUGGGGUUGUUGUGGGGAUUAAAUGAGGAAAGCACUUAAACCAGUACCUGUUGCUCGAACAUGCUUUAUAUGUAGCAGUCAUCACGGCACCACGUCCUCAGCUUCAUCAUGAUGUUUUAGAAGCGUGACACUCAAAGACUGGGUCACAUUCAGCAGAGCAUCACAAUGAAGGGCGCAGGUUUGCUUCUUAGCCACUUACUGCCUUUGUGACCUUUAACUCAGUAUCCUCAUCUGUAAAAUGGGAUAAGUGACAUCAGCCUGGCCAGCUAGUUAUGGGGGUUAAACUAGACAGCACAUGUAAAUAAAGCCCUUAUCUUGGUUCCCGGGUCAUCGUCUGGGCUCUGAAAUGAUAACUCUUGUCAUUAUAACCUUAGUCUAGCUCAAAGGCCUAUGUGAGAUCAAGCUUCGAAAGGUAGGUAUUUGUAAGAGGUGUUUUAGCUAAAAGACACGGUGUCCUCGGAUUUUAGAUGCCAAAGGAACACUUGUUAAAUGUUCUCUCUGAUUCUAACAACCUGAUUUUUUUUCACCUUGCAGCAGGAGUUCUUUGUAGUACACCGCUUUCUCUCCUUCUGUCCUCUGUGUGACUGUCACCUUUGUUGUCAUUGCCAUCGUCCAGGAGAGCCUGCCGUUAAUGAAUGCACUAGCGUCAUUACUAUCGCUGUGUGCUCAGAAGUCCUGUUCUUGUUGUAGGACUGUGACCUCUUUUAUGAUGGAGGGAAGCCGGCAGACGCGAGUGUCUCGACCCUACAAGAUCAGCGAAUCUUCAAAGGUGUACCGCUGGGCCGAGCACUCGACUACAGUGCUGCAGCGGCUGAACGAGCAGCGCCUGCGCGGCCUCUUCUGUGACAUCGUCCUGGUGGCGGACGAGCAGCGUGUGCCAGCCCACCGCAACCUGCUGGCCGUGUGCAGCGACUACUUCAACUCCAUGUUCACCCUGGGCAUGCGCGAGGCCUUCCAGAAGGAGGUGGAGCUGAUCGGCGCCUCCUACAUCGGCCUCAAGGCCGUGGUGGACUUCCUGUACGGCGGGGAGCUGGCGCUGGACGGCGGCAACAUCGACUACAUCCUGGAGACGGCCCACCUGCUGCAGAUCUGGACUGUGGUGGAUUUCUGCUGCGAGUACCUGGAGCAGGAGGUGAGCGAGGACAACUACUUGUACCUGCAGGAGCUGGCCUCCAUCUACAGCCUCAAGCGGCUGGACGCCUUCAUCGACGGCUUCAUCCUGAGCCGCUUCGGCACCCUGUCCUUCACGCCCGACUUCCUGCAGAACAUCUCCAUGCAGAAGCUGUGCGUGUACCUGGGCAGCAGCGAGGUGCAGCGGGAGUGUGAGCAUGACCUGCUGCAGGCCGCCCUGCAGUGGCUGACGCAGCAGCCGGAGCGCGAGGCCCACGCCUACCAGGUGCUGGAGCACAUCCACUUCCCGCUCAUCCCCAAGAACGACCUGCUGCACCGCGUCAAGCCGGCCGUGUGCUCGCUGCUGCCCAGGGAGGCCAACUGCGAGGGCUUCAUCGAGGAGGCCGUGCGCUACCACAACAGCCUGGCGGCCCAGCCGGUCAUGCAGACCAAGCGCACGGCGCUCCGCACCAACGAGGAGCGCCUGCUGUUCGUGGGCGGCGAGGUCUCCGAGCGGUGUCUGGAGCUCAGCGACGACACCUGCUACCUGGACGCCAAGAGCGAGCAGUGGGUCAAGGAGACGCCCCUGCCGGCCCGACGGAGCCACCACUGUGUUGCUGUGCUGGGGGGGUUCAUCUUCAUCGCGGGCGGCAGCUUUUCGAGGGACAAUGGAGGGGACGCGGCGUCCAAUCUUCUUUAUAGGUAUGACCCCCGCUGUAAACAGUGGAUCAAGGUGGCCUCCAUGAACCAGCGCCGUGUGGAUUUCUACCUUGCCUCCAUCGAAGACAUGCUGGUGGCCGUCGGUGGCCGGAAUGAAAAUGGAGCUCUCUCUUCAGUAGAGACUUACAGUCCCAAGACCGACUCCUGGUCCUACGUGGCCGGCUUGCCAAGGUUCACGUAUGGCCACGCAGGCACCAUCUACAAAGACUUCGUGUACAUCUCGGGGGGCCACGACUACCAGAUCGGCCCCUACCGCAAGAACCUGCUGUGCUACGACCACCGGACGGAUGUGUGGGAGGAGCGCCGGCCCAUGACCACAGCGCGGGGCUGGCACAGCAUGUGCAGCCUGGAGGACCGCAUCUACUCCAUCGGGGGCAGCGACGACAGCGUGGAGUCCAUGGAGCGCUUCGACGUGCUGGGCGUCGAGGCCUACAGCCCGCAGUGCAACCAGUGGACCCGGGUGGCCCCGCUGCUGCACGCCAACAGCGAGUCGGGCGUGGCCGUGUGGGAGGGCCGCAUCUACAUCCUGGGCGGCUACAGCUGGGAGAGCACGGCCUUCUCCAAGACGGUGCAGGUGUACGACCGCGAGAAGGACAAGUGGAGCAAGGGCACUGACCUGCCCAAGGCCAUCGCCGGCGUGUCCGCCUGCGUCUGUGCCCUGAAGCCGCGGCUGGAGGACAAGAAGAAGAAGGGCAAGGCCAAGAGGCACCAGGACCGGGGCCAGUGACCCGGCCCGUGCCCCCUGGGGCCUCGUCCCCGCCGCCACCUCCCAGAGUGUCUGCAGACCAGCAAGCGACUUCAUUAGAGCCCUGGAACCAUUGUGUACCACUUAGCAGCUUUUUUUU